UAAAAGCGAUCGCGAUGAUUAGAGUGGCCAUCAUUUGCCACCGUGAAGUCGUCCAGUCAAUCCGUACUGCCAGCCGUUGAAGUCUUCGUUGGGUGAAUAGCGCGCGUGAAUUUUUUUUCGUGAAGAGAUCUUUCUUUCUCCAGCAGAGUACAAGAAGAAAAACUCGUGAUCUGUACCAUCAGCAGCAGUUGUACGCAAAAAAGGAACAAGCUCUCAACGUUUCCGCGUGUUUUUACUGCAAAAAAAAAGUGCAUAAAAACCAGCAGCUGUGCAGCAAAUCCAGUCUUGGAGGCAGUGAGCCAGUGUCAUCUCGUCGUUGGUUGGAAGCCAGCAGCAGCAGCAGCUCUUUGGAUCAGUCAGUUUUUAGUGGGGUUGGUGAACAGUGCAACUGGAAAUUUGCGGUUUGAGCAGCAGAUUUUCAAGAGACUAACUACCGGUAAUCUUACGCGCGCUGAGCAUCACUUGCUAUAGGAAGGAAAAACCAACAACUCGAAUCACCACGCUUGAAAAUGAAAGUAGCGGUCGCAGCAGUUUUUCUGAUUUGCAUUAGUGCAAUUGACGCGCGGUCCAAGGCGGAAAAGCGAAAGGACUACGAGUUUGACUAUGACAGCGCGUCGGCCGGGGCAAAUUACGGCCCGUCGUACUCCCCCAAGUCGGGCUACAGUGCCGGAAGUGGGCUCCGUUCGAUUGCGCAAGGAUCGGCGGACCAGGCCGGGUCGGCCGUAGCGAACCAACACGCGGCUGCCAAACAGGCCGCUUACGUAGCCCAGAACACGCUGGCUCAGGCGGCUGCCCAAGCCGCGGCCACCGCGCAGGCCGCCCUCCACGGUAAACAAGUUUUGCUGCAAGGUCUGGAGCAGCAGAGCUUGGAGGCGCAUCAGGCGCUGGACGCCGAAAUUCAGCAACUGCAGCAGGCCAAACGCGCUGCUAAGGCGGCUCAGCACUCGGCCCAGCAGGCACUCAACCAUGUGCAAGUGCUCACGGCAGCCCUGAACAACGCACAGGUUGCGUCCGAGCACGCCCAGCAGUCUGCCAGCGAAGCGGCCGCUGAACUCGCCUCGCAAACCCAGAUGGUGGGUGCGGCCAAGGCACGAGUAGAGUCCAUCGAAGAGCAGCUGAACGCGGCCCGAGUUGAUUUCGAAGCCACGCAGGAGGCUGCCCACAAGGCGUCCGCCUCGGCCCAGGAAGCGCAGAACAACGCCGCCGAGGCCGCUGCCCACGCCGCCUUGACCCACCGAGUUGGCGUGGUCGACCACCAGUCGAUCCAGGCCAAGUCCUACAAGGCCCAGAGCUUACAGUCGCAGGCAGAUGACAUCAACAGUGCCGAGUACGAAGGACCCGCUAACCACAAAUACAACGAAUUUAAGCCUUCCCAGCAGUCCUACAACUAUCCCGGUUAUUAAGUUUGGCUUAAAACUCCAAAAGCACCCCACCCCAAUCCAAAACAACAGUUUAGCAACCUCUCUAUGUUUUAAUAGAAGCGAGAAAAAAAAACAAGUAAUAUUCCUUAAAUUGUAAGGAAAACCUGCGUACCAACGCGAUCGACAUCGCUAUAUUACGCGGUGAAUUAGAGAAGAUGAAAAAAAAACAGGAAACAGCGCGAAACGAUCGAACCGGAAAAAAGCUUUGGAUGUCGAAAGUUUACCAAACAGCAUGUUCCCCAAGUACCUAACGAUAUUUCUUGUCGUCAGUUUAUUAUAAACAUUUCGUUGUUGUUAUUCAUUGACCCCCAUUAACGUUAUUUGUGGCAGUUUUGAAGAGAUUGUUAUCUUAGAAUGUUACCACUUGUAUAUUUAUUUGUUUUAAUAUUUGGCACGCACAUUCGAUCUAGUGAAAUUCGCGCAAGUCUAGUUUCUAGUUCGAUAGUAGAUAAUUAUUUAUUUCUAAAUUGACAUCGUUUCAGGAUAAAUUAAAUCAAAUCAUAUUGUUAUGUAAAGUGCUUAAUGCUUUCAAAUUGAAUAAAAUAUACAAUGAAAACCAUUUUUUCUGUGUAUGCUUUAUGGAAUAAAUUUGAAGAAUCCUAUUUGUUAUGGUGUUUUGUUAUACUCAUCGGCGCCAAAGGAAAGAAGGGAGGAGGGGAUUUUUAUUAUCAAUUUCAGCGUGACGUAAAAAUAUGAAGCCAUUAUAAAAUUAAUAUAGCCUUUAUUUGAAUGAAACUUUGCCCAUGCAUUCCUUAUGUCCAAACAAUUUUGCGGACUAAUCAUACAAAAUGGGCAUAUGAAAAUUCGAAACACUGUAUCUUGACAAAGGAUUUUCUGAUCGAUGUGGUGUCUUCUGCAAAGUUGUAGGUUAUGCUUAAGACUCUUUAGGAAAUACAAAAAUAUCACUGUAAUCGCUAAUAAUUUUAAUUGUUUCAGGAUAUUUAAAAAGGCAUCGUUUGCGCUAGAGUUUAGGAUGGUGGUGUAAAAUUUGGUACCGGAGUCAUACAUUUUUGAAAAAAUAUGAUUUUUGGAAAAAAUAUCUGAAAUAUUAUCAAACUUAAUUUCAAAAAUCAUUUUAAGAUGCAAAAUCGAAUUGGCUUUCACAUUUUGCGAUUUAUUUCGAAAAGUGUUAAUUUUUUGCAAUUUAAACAUACUUCACGAAAGAAAAGUACUUCUGCUAAAAAUACUUUCGAAAAGCUGAAAAAAUUUCCUGCUAUUUUUCUUUUUUGACUUUGUUGAUCGGACUGCUGGUUUACAGCUUCUUAAUGUUUGAAUUUAAGUUACCUAAUAAUGUGUAUUUCUCAGUGCCAUCUAAAUAGUCCUCAUUAUUCAACUCGAGAUAUCUCGGUAACUAUUAGAUCGAUUUUCAGAGUAUAAAAUGAAUCAUAAGUGAAAUUUUCUACUCAUUUCUAUAUUUUCUAUAGUUUCGAACCCUACAGGGACCGAAUUAUGCCUGUUAUAUAUCUAAUAUAUAUUUACUACGGGACCAUCCAUAAACAAUCAAUCCAAAACGAAAUUCUGCAUUUUAUGACUAUUUUAUUAACAGCAGCAAAACGCAGCACAGUGUGCGAAAUCGGUGCAUGUUUAUAUAGUCAUUCUUGUAUAAAAUUUUCUGAUCUUUCUGAUAAAAAUAUUUUCAGAAUUUUAAAAUCUAACCUAACAUUCGAAAUCGUCCAAAAAUGCUAGGGUGACAAUAAAAAAAUCGACAUCAGGGAUACCCCCUGGCGAGGUUCUUUAAGCAAAAAUACGUAACUUAACAAUUUUGAGCAUAAUCGGUUAAGGUUAAGGGGUCGCUUUUUAUCGUUGAAGAUUAUAGGGGGAAAAUUGCGAAAAUGUUUGGGGAGAAACAUCGUUUCAGUAUUUUUCUGCCAGGUGGCGCAAGUCUCAUUCAAAAUUGUUCAAGUGUCGGAUUUUUGUAGGAAAAUCAAUUUCUUACAACUUUGUUGAAGGGUGCAAACCGAUCUGAGUUGAUCCUGAUUUUUGGUGAUUCUUUGGAAAAAGAGUAUUUUCUUGUAUACGAAGUGAUAUCCCCCCCAUACAUUUUCGCGAUUUUCCCCCUAUAAUCUUCAACGAUAAAAAGUGACCCCUUAACCCAGGCCUGCCCAACGUCCGGCCCGCGACGACUUUUCAAAAAAAAAUCUAUGACCGGCCCUUAAGGGGAUUAUACAGUGAGGAUGAUUCAGCUGAUUCGUCAAUAAUGGAGAAGCAGCUCAUUGGCAGUCAACCAUGCUCAUGCUGCUCAUGUUAGUUCUAUGACCGGCCCUUAAUAAAAAAAAAAAUAAAAAAAUAAGCCAGAGAUCUAUUUUUUGCAUUUAAAUUUUGCUAAUUCAACGUAUUAUUUGGGUUCACCUUUGUAUUUUUGAACAUUUUUUGUUUCAAAUUCAAACAUUCUUUAUAUUUUAAUUUUUUUUAUAUCAUUUAUAUAUGGAUAGCUUCAGAAUCAAUUAGUAAACGGAAGAAAGGCACAAGAUAACAAAAUUACCCAUGUCGUAAAAAUGUGAAAGGAAAAAACUGGAUUGCUGUCUAAAACUGCACAAUAAGACUCUAAAUUAAAACAUGUUUAAAUUUUUGCUAUGAUUACUGAAAAUUGGAACUUUUUUUGAGGAACUUGAUUAAAAUAGUUUUUUUAAUAAGUGCGUAAGCAAAAAAUAAUGUGUAACUUUCCAGUGAGUGAGUUGUGUUUGAAAAAAACUAGUAUAACUGAAAAUAUAGAUUGCUGCAGAAAAUGUUAAAAUAUUAAAAAGUCUCAAAAUGAGUCAAGAAAUCGGGGCGCUAGAAAUAUAUUUGUUCAUAAAAAUUACAGUAAAAUUUCAAACAAAAUAAAAUCGAAUCAAAUGAACACAUUUUGGAAAGUUACCAUAUUUUUUCUUUCUUAAAAUCAAUACUACUUUAUUUAUUUGAUAACUUUAAAAUAAUCUUAUAAAAAUAAUAUAAAUUUAUAAAAAAAGUUUACUUUUCAACUUUUAUCAAACUUUAGUUCCGGCCUGCUUCAGAAAAAUCACUUUUAAUUCCGGCCUGCUUCAGAAAAAUCAGAUCUGGCACGCAUGGCCAAAAGGUUGGACCCCUGCCUGAACCUUAACCGAUUUGGCUCAAUAUUGGCACAGUUACCGUAAUCUGGAGCGAAUCGGGACUUCAGUCUGAAUAGGGCCAGCAGUUUUUAGAGCACUUAAAGCUUUUUAAUUUGGAAAUGGAUGUACACAUUUUGUUGGUCGGAGUCUGUUCUAACCGAAACCAACCAGAAAAAAUCAAAAUAUUGUGCUCCAACAUGGUUAAAACUGCUGUCCCAAUUCGCCCCAUGUGUCCCGAUUGACCCCAGUUUACGGUACUUAUUUUUGCCUAAAAAAUCGAGUCAGGGGGUAUCUCUUAAGAUUUUCCAAAAUUAUCAUUUUUUCUUGUCACCCUACUGUACGUUUAAUCAAAUCAAAUCAUACCACCUUUUUUUCUUUUUUCAAUUGUGGUUUUUCAUAAGGUUUCAUACCUUUAGUCUAAUAAUACAUAGUUUAAACCAGUGAUUCUCAACGGGGGUACCGGGCCUACUUGAUUUCAUGGCAGGGGGUACCAGACUAGAAGAAGGUUGAGAAUCACUGGUUUAAACGAUGUUAUCGGUCUAUCGCUCCUCGUUGUAAAUGGUAGUUUGGGAGAUAUACGGCUCUGAAUAACAGCUUCAUUU